AGGCUGAUGGCAUGCGUCUAUUACUUACGAAGCUGGACAUAUCGAAUUUGGGUCCCAGGUUAUCGUCUUAUUCGUGAAUUACUAAUUCAAAAAUUCCACGAUUCGAAUUUAUCGGGACAUUUCGGGGUCGACAAAACUUUGAAGGCGUUGCAACGGUUUUAUUACUGGCCAGAUAUGGUGACGGACGUGCAGCGUUACGUGGCCGCGUGUCUGAUCUGCCAGCGAAUGAAGUCAUCACACCAGCGACCUACAGGACUGUUGCAGCCCCUCGAGCCACCUCAACGCCCAUGGCAACACGUAACGAUGGAUUUCGUUACGGGACUACCGGCCGGACCUAGUGGAAAUGACGCAGUUUUGGUUGUCGUCGACCGAUUGACGAAAAUGACGCAAUGGCGCAUUUCGCACCAUGUCGUACAACCAUCACAGCCGAAGAAACAGCGCGCCUCAGCAAUCAUUAGCGAUAGAGAUCCGAAGUUCGCGUCAAAAUUCUGGCAGGACACGUGGGCUCGAUACGGCACGCGUCUACAAUUCUCAUCCGCUUAUCAUCCUCAAACGGACGGCCAGACGGAAAGGACCAAUCAAACGAUGGAGCAGCUGAUUCGGACAAACUGCCCCGACCGGAACAAAUGGGAGGACGUGCUGCCCAUGUUGGAAUUUUCCUACAACAACGCGCCCUCGACUACGACUAAUCACUCCCCAUUUUAUCUCAAUUACGGGAUGGACCCUACAGUGCCGAUCUCCACCAACGUUGAGAACUAGCUCUGGUGUUCCUAUAUCUUG